ACCAAUUUUUAGAGUCAAUCAAACCAAUUUGUGUCCUUAACCGGUUCAGAAUUCAACCCUAGAAAAUUAGAGAUCGCCUUCAUCUUCCACGGAGAUUGCAGAUUCUUGAACACUAAAGAUCAGCCACAGUUGUGGUAAUCGCAUUGCGUCUUGUCAUGUAUUCUUUGAUACUCCAUGGAAGAAGAGCUAUUGAACUGCAGAAAUGGCGUAACUUGAGAUGUGCAGUGAAGCUUUUAGAAUAUUCGUUAUCUUCUGCUGCUACUGCUAGUGGUGCUGAUGACGCGAGCCUUAGAGUUGGUCGAAAAGGGAAGAACUUUACUGUCUCUUACCUUGUUGAUUCACUUGGUUUAGCUAAAAAGCUAGCAGAAUCGAUUUCAAGAAAAGUCAGUUUGGAGAACAAGGUUAAUCCUGAUUCUGUUCUGAAUCUUUUGAGAAGUCAUGGCUUCACAGAUUCUCAUAUAUCUAGCAUCGUUAGGGAGUAUCCUAGAUUGCUUAUAUUAGAUGCUGAGAGAUCACUUGCUCCCAAGCUUAAGUAUCUGCAGUCAAGAGGAGAUUCAAACUCUGAGCUCACUGAGACUGUUUCAAAAGUUCCUAAAAUCUUGAGAUUGAAAGCAGGCAAAUCUCUCAGCACAUACUAUGAUUUCGUCAAAGUCAUUAUAAAAGCUGAUAAGAUCUCCAAGUUCAAAAAGUUGUGUCAUUCAUUGCCGGAGGGUAGUAUUCAGGAGAAUAAAACCCGGAAUAUAUCGGUUUUGAGAGACUUGGGCGUGCCUCAGAGGUUGUUGUUCUCCUUGUUUACAUCAGUUUCUCCACCUGUAUGUGGAAAAGAAAGAUUUGAAGAAUCACUCAAGAAAGUUGUUGAGAUGGGUUUUGAUCCCACUACCUCCAAGUUUGUCUCUGCUCUACGCGUUUUUCAAGGAUUGAGCGACAAAACAGUAGAAGAAAAGGUCAAUUUCUAUAUUACCUUAGGCUUAUCUGUUGAAGAUGUAUGGGCUAUGUUCAAGAAAUUCCCAUGUUUUCUUGGACUCUCGGAGAAGAAGACAGCAAACUCCAUUGAAACUUUUAUAGGCCUAGGACUCACUAGAGACGAGUUUACAUUUAUGGUCAAGCGCUUUCCGUCAUGUCUUAAUUUCUCUGCAGAGUCAGUGAAGAAGAAGACUGAGUUUCUAGUGAAGAAAAUGAAUUGGCCACUAAAGACUGUGGUUUUGAACCCUGUGGUACUUGGAUACAGCUUGGAGAAGAGAAUUGUUCCAAGGUGUAAUGUAAUCAGAGUUCUCAUCUCAAAAGGAUUUUUCGCAAGUGAACACCCUCCAAUGCCGUCUGCCUUGGCUAUCUCGGAUCGAGCUUUCUUAAACAAGUAUGUGUUGAAUCAUGAUGACAAGCGACUCGUGCCUAAGUUAAUCGCUGUCUUCUCCAGAAAACGUGUUUCACUCACUGAUCACAUGUUUCGUAUUAUUAUCAAUUGAGCUGAUCGAACCAGAUACAACUGAACUUAAUAGUAACACUAAUCUCUA